UCUCCUCCUCCGGAUACACCCUUCACGAUCUGGGGCCCAAAAGCGUGCAGCCGGGCAGGAUGGGCGGGAGAGCAGAGCGGCGGGGUGUGCAAGGCGAGUGAAGAGCUGUGAGCAGGUCCCGGUGGGCCACGCGGAGCCACGCAGGGGCGGUAGGCGCGCAGACCCGGCGUCCGAGGGCGCGGACUGCAGAGCCCCCGCCUGCGAGCGCGUCGCCGGGCCGCUGCUGCCGCGUCGCCUUCUCCCGCGAGAUCGCCAGCGCUGGGCCCGAGCUCCCACUAACGCACCCAGAGCCCGGCCUCCUCUCCAAUGUUUCAGAAGUCACGGCCGGCGCUGCUGCAGCCUCAGGAUGUUGGAGACAAGGUGGAGACGCUUAUGUUACAUCCGGUGAUCAAGGCUUUCCUGUGUGGCUCCAUCAGUGGGACCUGCUCCACCCUCCUUUUCCAACCCCUGGAUCUCCUCAAAACGCGCCUGCAGACUCUCCAGCCCUCAGACCAUGGAUCUGGUCGUGUUGGGAUGCUGGCUCUGCUCUUGAAGGUGGUUCGCACGGAGAGUAUUCUGGGCCUUUGGAAAGGGAUGUCCCCUUCCAUUGUGAGGUGUGUCCCUGGCAUUGGCAUCUACUUUGGCACUCUCUACUCCUUGAAGCAGUACUUCCUGCGAGGCCAUCCCCCCACAGCGCUGGAGUCAGUCAUCCUGGGAGUGGGCUCUCGCUCGGUUGCAGGACUCUGCAUGUCACCCAUCACUGUGGUGAAGACACGUUACGAGAGUGGGAAGUAUGGCUAUGAGAGCAUCUGUGCAGCCCUGAGGAGCAUCUAUCGCACUGAGGGGCACCGGGGACUUUUCAGCGGCUUGACGGCAACACUCCUUCGUGACGCACCCUUUUCUGGAAUCUACCUGAUGUUCUACAACCAGACCAAAAACAUCAUGACCCAUGACCAGUUGGAUGGAGUCCUUAUUCCCGCUGUAAAUUUCAGCUGUGGGAUCUUUGCUGGCAUUCUGGCCUCCCUGGUGACUCAGCCUGCGGAUGUUAUCAAAACCCACAUGCAGCUCUCCCCAGUGAAAUUUCGGUGGAUUGGCCAGGCAGUGACACUCAUUUUUAAAGAUUAUGGUCUCCGUGGCUUCUUCCAAGGCAGCGUCCCGAGGGCCCUCCGCAGAGCUCUGAUGGCAGCGAUGGCGUGGACCGUGUAUGAGGAGAUGAUGGCCAAGAUGGGCCUGAAGUCCUGACUGAGAGGGACUGGGUAAAGACGGGCUAUGUUGCCCUCCCUGGCUCUUACCGGGGGCUGCUUCGUCUCACUGGCCUGGAGUAAGAUGAAGUCUAAUCUGGAAAGCCAGUCAGAUGUGUCCCCUUCUGUUACCCAGUUUCAGUAGAAAAUAGGUGGGCCUGACUCAAGCCUUCAGAAUAUCCCAGAAGAGGAGUUACUGAUGCCGACAGCACACUGGGAAGUUCAGAGAAGGGCUUGCCCCUGUUGCCAGGUUACUCGAAAAGGCCUUUCUGGAAAGAGCUCUGUCAGGUGGCUCUGCUUCAGCCACCCAACGUAUGCCAGGCUGCCUGUUUGGAUCUGUUCUUGGGCAAGGCAUUGCACGGCCAGAGGAGCUGUGACUGUGAAGAGCUCCAGCAGCGGGGAAGCCGGGUCUGUGGAGAGAGGGGUUCUUGUUAUCAGGCUUUUGUCUGUGUCUGGAAUGCUGGUGGGAUGAGGAAGAAAAGAUGUCAUUACUUAAUUGGUCACUAAUCACCUUCUCAGAGGCUCUGAAGAAGUGGGGAGAGUGGCUUCUUAGCCUGAAGUGUCCAGAUAACGAAUUUUGGUCUUGGCCUCUGCACUGUUUCAAUUCUAAAUUGUUCUGGCAUUUUUCUGCAGCUAAUGUUCGCAUAAAUAAAGUGAAGCACUUUAUCAUUGGAAA